UCUUGCCUUUUAUAGAAUAGUAAAUUCUUAAAUGCCUAUAAAUUUCUACUCGUGGUCUGUGUUAAACAUAAUAAUUAUUUUUUUAUAAACUUAACUAUGAUGUUGUUUAUUUUAGUAUUGUUUAUAUACCCAUUUUUAAUAAAUGGAGACAUAGAUUUAAUGAAAAUUACAAAUCAUACUGUGCAUACAACUAUCCGUCAUAGGUAUGCUCGAACUGUUAUUACAACUUUAGUAAACAAUUCGGACUGUAUUCCACGGGAAUUUCCGUUCUUCAUAGCUUUGCCCGAAGACGCAAUGAUAACCGAAUUUUCUGUGUAUAAAAGUGGAUCAUUAAUUAAAACUCGAGUAGAAGAUACUGGUUUAGCUGAAGAAGAAACUAUCAUAAAGCCUAAUGGUUUAAAAGGAUAUUAUAUACUGGACCUUAUCUCAAUAGAUUCCAAGGGAUUUGAAAACUAUGUAACAGUUAGUCCUAAUAGUACAGUUACAAUUCAAAUAAUAUAUGAACAAUUGUUAAAAAAAAAACUAGAUGUGUACGAUCACAUAUUGAAUCUGAAUUUUAAUCAGUCAACUAUUAAAGACCUUCAAAUUACUGUAAAUAUUGAAGAUGUAUGCGAUAUAAUUUUUUUAAGAGUAUCGAGAAGAGCAAGAACAAAUUUUUCUAGUCCCGAAUAUCAGUCAAUUAAUGUUUUUGGUACAAACAAAACUAAAACUAUUACGUGGAAACCAACUAUUAUAGAGCAGGAAGAAAUGGCAAAUAAAAAUUUGAAUGCUCAAUUUAUAGUACAAUAUAGUGUUGACAAUGAUUAUAGGCCCAAUUUAAUUCUAUAUAACGAUGAAUAUUUUCUACAUUUCUUUUCGCCCAGUAAUUUGGAAAAAUUCAGAGUCCAUACAACAUUUGUAUUGGAUGGUAGUGGAUCAAUGGGAAUAGGAAAGAUAAAGCAUGUCAAACAAGCGAUGCACAACAUAUUACACGAAAUGCGACCGCAAGACUAUUUUUCUAUUGUAAUUUUUUCAAACGAUAUAAAAGUUUUGAUGAUGAACGCCGAUGAUUCAAAAAUAAAAUUAGAAGACUUUUUAAAUAUUAAUUACAAUUCAAAAAAUAUAAUUUUGGGUUUUGAAGCUAAUGAGUACAAUGUGCAACAAAUUGACCACUUGUUGGAUAUUGUACCACAAGGCUAUACAAACAUAGGAGACGCAUUAAUGGCAUCGAAUCAAAUAGCUGAAUCGGUAAAGCUACGGUUAAAUUUUCCUAAAGAUGAAAUAAAAUCGAUCGUAGUGCUUAUAUGUGAUGGAACACCUAAUUAUGGAAAAUUUAAGGAUGACCCGUUCUUUGAGACAAAAAAAAAUAGUCCGAUAUUCGGAUUAGGUUAUGGCAAUGAAGAUGAAAAAAUUCAUUUUCUUAACAAAAUAACAUUGUCAAAUCACGGUUAUUCAAAAAAAAUCGAUGAAAAAUUGGAUAAUGAUUUACAAAUACAAAAUUUUUAUAAAGAAGUAUCUACACCAGUACUAUCCGAUAUUUAUUUCAAGUACAUAAAUAAAAAAGAGCUGAAAGAUGGUUUGUCAAAAAAAUCAUUCGACCUGUAUUUCAAAGGAUCUGAAUUAAUUAUAUCUGGUAAAUUAAUUGAUUCAAAAGAAGAAUUUAACUGUACAAUAAAUGCACAUUCGAAGCAUGGACCAUACUCUGGACCUGGAUUUACAGAUUUUUUUUACAUAUCAAGAGAUAAUGAUGAAUUUAACCUUCUAAGAAAAUUAUGGGCCUACAUACAUAUUACUGAAAUGCUGACUAAACAUACAAUUACUCAAGACACUAAAGAAAAAAACUAUUUAAAAAGUCUAAUUAUAAAAUAUGCUAUUGAAAAUUCAUUUCUUACACCAUUUACAUCACUAGUUUUAUCUUGGCCAGAUCAUCCCAAUGCUUUAAUUCAAACGGAAAAAUUGUUUAAAAAUUUUAUAAAUUACGCUACUUUGCCUAAAUGGAAAAAAGUUUUGUUAUAUGAAAUGAAGAAAACGAUUCACCACAGAACGUCGAUUGAAACUAUUAAUUCUUCUCCUUUAAAUCCCAAGUUAAGAGCAACAUAUUAUGCAUUACGAUCGCAUUCGACUAUUGUUGAAAAAUAUUCAAUAACAACAAAUGACUAGCAAUCAUUCAAGUUUGAAGAGACGAUUAUUACUGAAAAUUAUUUGUAACAUAUUUCAUUACUGUCAUAAGAACAAUCUAAAUUAAACAAUUGACUAUAUUUUUAAAUGUUAAAAUGUGUACAUUUGAAUUAUAGAUAAAAUUUAAAUACAAACA